CUGCACGGCGUCUGCGGCCGCGUGUGCUCCGUGCCCGGGGCUGGCGGCGCGGGGCGCUCCGGUCCGGCCGGCUCCCGCUCCGGGUUUCUCCUGCUGUCGCCGCGCUGCUGGGGGGAUUGUUGUGCGUGUUUGAAUGAGGACGCAGGUUGUGGCGGCGGCAGAGCGGGUGCCGGCGCCUUCUCCGCUGCUUGCUCCUGCUGCGGGGCUGGGGCAGAGCCGUUCCGCAGCCGCUGCGGGGGACGUGCCCCGGCGAGAGGGAGCCGCGCAGAGCUACGAAUGUGCCUUCGUUAGCCUGGGAGCUGGAAAGCCGCAACACGGGAGUGCGGAUCCCUCUUGAAAUUGGGUAAUUGUCUUUGAUGCUGAACAGGAAGUCUUGUUACAAUGAGUUAUUGGAGCCUGGAUAAGAAAAGUUGUCUGCAGUACUGCAGACAUUUUUUGGUGGACAAUGGUGUAUUUCAUGUUGAAAGAUGUAUGAGUGUAAUGCAGUCUGGGACUCAGAUGAUUAAGCUGAAGAGUGGAACAAAAGGGCUAGUACGUCUCUUUUACCUGGAUGAACACAGGACUUGCAUCAGAUGGAGACCGUCCAGAAAAAGUGAAAAGGCUAAAAUUGUAAUUGAUUCAAUUUACAAAGUGACAGAAGGCCGACAGUCUGAAAUAUUCCAUCGCCAUACUGAGGGGAACUUUGACCCAAGUUGCUGCUUUACCAUUUACCACGGCAACCACAUGGAGUCACUAGAUCUGAUCACCUCUAAUCCAGAGGAGGCUCGCACCUGGAUCACAGGACUUAAGUAUUUGAUGGCUGGAAUAAGUGAUGAGGAUUCUCUUGCUAAACGACAAAGAACUCAUGAUCAUUGGGUGAAACAGACCUUUGAGGAAGCUGAUAAGAACGGAGAUGGCUUUUUGAAUAUUGAAGAGAUCCACCAAUUGAUGCAUAAACUGAAUGUCAAUCUGCCCCGCAGAAAGGUGCGACAGAUGUUCCAGGAAGCUGACACAGAUGAGAAUCAGGGAACCCUAACAUUUGAAGAAUUCUCUGUGUUUUACAAGAUGAUGUCAUUACGACGCGAUCUCUACUUGUUACUUUUGAGCUACAGUGAUAAGAAAGAUCAUCUCACUGUUGAAGAAUUUGCUCAGUUUCUGAAGAUGGAACAAAAGAUGAAUAAUGUGACCACAGAAUAUUGCCUUGACAUCAUAAGGAAGUUUGAAGUUUCAGAAGAAAACAAGGAGCAAAAUGUUCUGGGGAUAGAAGGUUUCACCAGCUUCAUGCGCAGUUCUGCUUGUGAUAUAUUUAACCCUUUGCAUUCUGAAGUCCACCAGGAUAUGGAUCAGCCCCUUUGUAACUACUAUAUUGCUUCAUCUCACAAUACAUACCUGACAGGAGACCAACUUCUAUCUCAGUCCAAAGUGGAGAUGUAUGCCCGGGUGUUGCAGGAUGGUUGUCGAUGCGUUGAAGUUGACUGCUGGGAUGGUCCAGAUGGAGAGCCAGUAGUGCACCAUGGUUAUACCUUUACUUCCAAAAUACUCUUCAGAGAUGUGGUAGAAGCUAUCAGUAAAAAUGCCUUUGUCAAAAAUGAGUUUCCAGUGAUAUUGUCUAUUGAGAAUCACUGUAGUAUCCAGCAGCAAAAGAAGAUUGCUCAGUACCUCAAGGAAAUAUUCAGUGACAAACUGGACUUGUCGUCUGUAAUCACUGGAGAUUCCAAGCAGCUUCCUAGCCCUCAAAGUUUGAAAGGCAAAAUCCUAGUGAAGGGUAAGAAGCUACCAUAUAACCUUGGAGCUGAUGCUGAAGAAGGGGAGGUUUCUGAUGAAGACAGUGCUGAUGAAAUUGAAGAUGACUGCAAGUUAAAGCUCUGUUACAGUAAUGGUACAACUGAGCACCAGAUGGAAUCUUUUAUAAGAAAGAAACUUGAAUCACUGAUAAAAGAAUCUCAAAUCCGGGACAAAGAAGACCCUGACAGUUUCACCGUGAGAGCGCUGUUAAAGGCGACACAUGAGGGCUUAAAUGUAAACCUGAAACAGAACCGAGACACAAAAGAAAGUGGGAAGAAAUCCCAUAGCCGCUCAUUAAUGGGCAAUUUUGGGAAACACAAGAAAGCUGUCAAAUCAAGGUCCAAAUCUCAUAGCACAUCUGAUGAUGAAGAAAGUCAGAAAAAUUCUUCUGGAAAGGAAACUGGGCAGUUGUACAGGUUGGGCCGCCGGAGAAAAACCAUGAAGUUGUGCCGUGCUCUUUCUGAUUUAGUGGUGUACACAAACUCUGUGGCAGCCCAAGAUAUAGUAGAUGAUGGGACUAUGGGAAAUGUGUUAUCAUUCAGUGAAACAAGGGCCCACCAGGUAGUGCAGCAGAAGUCUGAGCAAUUUAUACUUUACAACCAGAAACAGCUCACCAGAAUCUAUCCAUCUGCAUAUCGGAUUGACUCCAGCAAUUUCAACCCCAUACCAUACUGGAAUGCUGGUUGCCAGCUGGUGGCAUUAAACUACCAGUCUGAUGGGCGCAUGAUGCAGGUUAAUCAAGCAAAAUUCAGGAUUAAUGGCAACUGUGGGUAUGUCCUCAAACCUCAGCAGAUGUGCAAAGGUACAUUCAACCCUUAUUCCGGUGAUCCACUUCCUGCCAACUCUAAAAAGCAGCUUAUUCUCAAAGUCAUUAGUGGACAGCAACUACCUAAACCUCCAGAUUCAGUAUUAGGAGACAGAGGGGAGAUAAUAGAUCCUUUUGUCGAGGUGGAAAUUAUUGGGUUACCUGUAGAUUGCUGUAAAGACCAGACCAGAGUGGUUGAUGACAAUGGAUUUAACCCUGUUUGGGAGGAAACUCUCACUUUUACCAUCCACAUGCCUGAAAUAGCUUUGGUUCGAUUUCUUGUUUGGGACCAUGAUCCUAUUGGUCGAGAUUUUGUUGGACAAAGAACUGUGGCCUUCAGCAGUCUUGUGCCUGGCUAUCGUCAUGUGUACUUAGAGGGACUGACUGAAGCAUCCAUAUUUGUCCAUAUAACAAUCAAUGAAAUCUAUGGAAAAUGGAGUCCUUUAAUCCUCAAUCCCAGUUAUACUAUAUUGCACUUUCUAGGAGCCACUAAGAAUAGGCAGCUGAUAGGACUCAAAGGGUUGUUUAACAAGAAUCCUAAACACAAUUCUGCUGAAAACAAUGGGCAUUACGUGCGGAAACGAUCAAUUGGUGAUCGAAUUCUCCGACGCACGGCCAGUGCUCCGGCAAAAGGCAGGAAAAAGAGCAAAAUGGGCUUUCAGGAAACUACAGAAAUUAAAGACAGUACCUCUGAGCCAACAGACAUGAAAGACAAGGAAGGAGUUAUAAGGCGUACAACCAGGAGUUUGCAAGCACGUCCUGCUUCUAUGCCAGUUGACAAAUUCCUUCUGAUGGGAUUGUCUUCCCCAGAAUGUGAAACGGUUAAAGACACCAAAAGAAAAGAAAAUACCUCUGCAGAUAGCAACAAUGGUACAAGCAUGAACCAAACAAACUGGAAAGAACAUAUCUUUUCAUCCCCUGAGCAAGCUGCACCUUCUUCAAAUUCUGCAUCUCUGCAUAAAAAAGCUCCUUCCCAGAGUGACGCCAGAAUUGGCAGUUCUACAGAAUCACCUGUACAUGAACAUGCAGAAAGCUUCAAUUUUGUAAGUGGGAUAGCUGAGACAAAUCACUCCACAGAAUAUCAGAAAAGUCACCUUUCCAAUGAACCUGUUCAGAUAAGGCAGGAUUCAGUUUUUGACCUUGGUACAGAAAAAAUACAAGAUACAAAUUACACAGAUGAAAAGAAAGAGGAGGAGACUGGAGGGUGUAAAGAGGAGAAAAAAACACCAGCAGGAAGUUGUCUUUCUGCAAAGGAACAGGAGUUUGAAAAUAAUAAAUAUGAUGUCAUUAUGAGCAGUACUGUAACCACUUUUUCACUGACUGAUAUGUCUUCCACCAUCUGUUCUGACAUCUACGAUUUACACUCGACUGCAGCUCUGCAAGAUAGUGAUGUUUCUCGUCUCAUAGAUGAGGUUUCUUUAACAAACGAGAGUGAGAUGAGCAGUUCUGUCUCAGCACUGAUUGGACAGUUUGAUGUUACAGAUGACCGAACUAAUCUGACUGUGGUUUCAAGUCUUCAUGGCACCAGCAACCAAACCUUCAGUGUGGUGUCGGCACACCCACACAUGUUUACUGUUGAUCUAAGUACCCCUCUUAAACAAAACUUUACUAAUGUAAAAUCUGUUGAAUCUCCAUUAUUCUCAACACCAGAUACUGCUAUGUUCUCCAGCCCUGAGACAACAGAGUAUUCUGUGUAUACAAUUAUCCAUGAGGCAUCUCUUUCACCAGCCUCUGAUCGUAAACCAAUAGAUGAACCAGCUUGCAAGAAGUCAGACUGCGUGGAAAAUAGCCUUCCAGUGUCCCCUUGCACUUCCUCUCUCCAUUUGCUAACAGCAAAUCCCAAAAGGAAGUGUGGAACAAAUUGGGAAACCCUUGAGGACUGCAGUUCCUGCACUUUGGAGGACACAGUAGUUGACCCUCCUGCUUGUAUAACCUCAGCAGGCAGCAGUCUUAUGGAAGUAGAGGGAGAUUCCCAAGACCUCCUGAUAACUGCAUAUGAAUUCAAGAGAGAAGAUAUGAGCCAACUUGCUGCUUCUUUGAAACUGAAGCAUAAUCAGGACUCAGUAUACUACUGUGAGAGAAUCUCUGGGAAUAAUUUAAUUAACGAGGACCUUCACAGUGCUGCCCUGGAUAAUUCAAAUAAUUUUAGGACUGCAAGAAAUCAAAGUUUUCCUUAUCCAGCAUUUCAGAGUGUUGGCUUUUUGCAUAAUAAUUAUCUGCAAACUUCAGAUACACGAAAUGAUUUGUUGUAUGUCUCCCAAAGAUCCAGACUUAAUAUGCAUUCACCUACACCCAAGAACACUUUGCCCUACCCUCCUACUACAAUCGUCAAACAGCCUAGUCCUUGCAAAUCCAAGAGCCUGGGAGACUUGACAUCAGAGGAUAUCUCCUGCAAUUUUGAAAGCAAGUACAAAUACAUAAGUAGAAGCUUUAUUACAUCUGGCAUGAGAGACAAGAAAGUUGCAGCUAUGAAAACUAAGAGACCACAAUCUACAGACACUCUGACAGAACAAUUGCGAAAACUGGUGUCCUUUGACCAGGAGGACAACUGUCAAACUUUGUAUUCUAAGCAGAAUGAUGAUGAUUGCCCCAAGGCAUUGGUCAGAAAACUGUCAUCCAGAAGUCAAAGCAGAGUACGCAAUAUUGCUAGUCGUGCUAAGGAAAGACAAGAAGCCAACAAGCAAAAACUUUCUAAUGCUAGCAGCAUAGCAGGGGUAGUGCUAAGAAACAAACCAUCAGUAUCAGCUCAUGUUAUCAACAGGCAUUCCACUGGCUCUUACAUAGCAAGAUACCUGAAUGACUUCAGUGGGGAGGAUCUGGAAGGUCGGGGUGUACCAGAGGGUGCAUGUACUUCUUUGCGCUAUGGAGGCAAUGACCAGUUUUGUAUAGAUGAUUCCGUUUUGCAGAUGGAGCCAAGCAGUGAUGAUAAACCAGAAAUUUAUUUCCUUCUGAGACUGUAAAUUGUAUACAUGUACAUCUUCAGUGUUUACAAACUAUUUCAUUGAAUGAAGGAUUUUUAGCAAGAAGUAUAGUCCUUGACUUUUAUAUUAUUUAGAAAUGCAAUUUUAAGCUAAUGAUUUAGUCUUGACUUCAUGUGCCGUUUCCUGUCAAAGAUUAUGUAAAUAGAUUCUGUGAUCCUUUCUUAUGUAUGUAUGUAUUUUUAUUCAGAAAUGACAGAGUGAAUUAUUUGCAUGCAAUAGAUCUGAACAUUCACAGUGUCAUGUAUUUGUAAUGCAUGUAAAUUUUAAGAAUAGAGUUCUGCACUUCUGUGCACAUCAGCAGAGCUCAGCAAUUCAUUCAAUAAAUAUAUUGCUUUUCCCCCUAAACCUUUUAGCUGCUUGCAGAGAGAAUUUUAGGAGACCACCUUUUUGGACACCAUCUUGGAAUUGCUACUUAGGAUAAUGCUUUCUGCCAUUAGUAGUCAAUGGGACUAUUGACGGUGGGAAUCACUAACACCAAUAAUAGGUGUUUUCAGGAUUAGAUGCUUCAUUCAUAAAGCUGUUUUCUAUCUUAAUUGUAUUUACAUGUUUGUUAAUGUUGAUUUUAAGCCUUUCCAUACAUGAAAUACAGAUUUGUAGCAUUAGGAUUCAUUCAAAUUUGCAAGUAACUUGUAGAUCGUCUUCCGCUCUUUAAAUGAAAUAGAAUGGUAACUUUUUCUUCCUCUUGUUGAGUGCUUAUUUCAGGAUGGGAGUGUGGUGAACAGGAAUGUUCUUAUACAUAGACUUCUUCCAGCAUUCCUGUUCAUCCUGUUCCCAUCCUGAAAUGAGCAUUCAACAAGUGGAAGAAAAUCUUGCUUUCCAAAUAUUUUGUUAUGUAUUUUUGAUAUUGGCUGUAUAUGUAACUUGAAUACGGUAGCAGAGAUGUUUUCUAUGUUUGUAGUUAUAUGCUAAAUUGUUGAUUGUCAGUAUAGUAGUUACUGCAUACAUAUCAGGAUAAGUAGUUUGGCUUCCAUCAUCACAUGGUUUUGAGAAAAGGGCUUUUUCUGCAUUGUGUUGAAAACCAAGUGAGUGAAUUACAAAAAUACACAAAACUUCCCUGAAGGGAGCAAGAUAGCUUUAUUUUGGGUUUAAGGUAUAAUUUGCUGUCACUGUGAACACAUUUUUCAUGAUAUGUAAAGGACCUUUUACCACUUUUCUUUUGUAAUACAGGAUAUUAUUAUUCAUGGAGACAUCAUUAAAAUAGAUUUUUAUGCACCUGAUACAUAUUUAGUGAUGUUACAGCAAAUGCAAUUACUGUUGAACUUGUGGCAAUCAGUGAUUGCAGACAUUUGUCUUGUCGUGCAUUUGCAAUAAAUCUUUAUAAAGGAAAACCCUUCUCAUGUCAGGCAGUGGUCAUAAUUCUAACAAGUAAUUUACAACUCAGAACAUUCUAUUUUCUAAAGGGGAGAAAAGCAUCCAAUGUUGCUAAAUGGUUCUGAAAGGAAGUCAUAGUUACUGAGUAUUUCUGUAAUUACCAGUUAAAAAUGACAGUGCCAUAUUUACCAUUUAUCUAUUCUCUCCCUAUAGAAGAUUCUCCCAAUCCAAUAUUUUUCAAUGGAAUGUCCCUACUUUUUGUGUCAAAAUGCCCGUUUGUAGAUUUUGAAUGUUAACUGAUACAGUGUGUAUUUUUAAUAGAUCCAUUUUUUUGGACUCUCCUGAUUGAUUUUUUUUAACCAGUCACGUGACAAAAAUAUUUUGUGCUAUAUCCCUCAGCUAGAGCAAAUCAAAUCAGAACAUACACACAAGGAUAGUAACUAUACAGGAUAGAAUAAUGUCCAGUGUAGUCUCCAGCUCUAUUAGCUGCUGCUAAAUCCCCAUGUUCAGUGACAAUAUUGGGAGCCCUCCAGUCCACUCGUCCACU